CUGGGCGCGCCGGCUUCGCGGCUGGGGAGCUGGGGACCUGAGCUGAUCAUCUAGGGGCUGGGAUGUGUGCUGUGGCUGAGCUGCCGCGCAAAGCUGUCCUUCGCACACUGGACCGUGGUCCGCCACCCAGUGGGCUCAGAAACCAAGGACGCAUGGGGAGCCCUCGUGUCCUAUAGCCAUGUUGAACUCCCUAUGGUCUCUGUGGCGAGGGGCGGGGAGGAGCAGGCUAAGACUGCGCUGCCAGAACAAGUCGGACCGUCCCACAGACCACCGAAGGGGGCAUCAGAGACCCUGGGAGACCAAGCCCAGGGAGGAGCUUGCAAGACAAGCAGAAGGUGAUGAUGGGCUUUGUGUGCAGCGGUGCACCGGCUUAGAUCAUGCUCUCUUUGCCUGCUAAGUCAGUGCCCCCAACCCCACUGUGACGAAGGGAAUGAAGGCGAGGACUUUGCGAAGGGCAGCAGGUUCAUUUUGGCCCCUUGUGAAAUGUGUAUCUGUUCCCUGCUCCUCCCAUCUUGUCUGCCUGACUCGGAUUACAGCUUGGAGGCUGCUAUCGGACUGGGCGAAAGAGACUUGUUUACCUCCUCUGCCCUUCGCUUGCUGGAUGGAACAGGAAGAUAAUCAGGGUGUGUGUGAAAACCAGACUUCUGAAGACAGAGGCAUGGGAUCUGACCUUGAGAACUCUGAGGACCGUGAAGGGGACCCAGAAGAAAGAGGAAUGGGCUCUAAUCCACGGGACACGGAAGAGGGAGGCCACUUGGAGCAGGACGUGGACUCCAACCCACAGGAUGAUGAUCUAAGAGGAGACUCACAAGAGAAGGACAUAGUGUCCACCGUUUGUUCAGAGGGGCUGCUGAGUGAGGAAGGAGUUAUCCUCCGUGAGGGAGAGGACGACCAGCCUGGUGUGGCUGACAUGGCGCUGUUCCCAGGACUGUCAGAAUCCGAUAGCAUAUCCCGGAGUCCGCGAGGAGAGGAAGACGAGGAGGAGCAGGAGGAAGACGAAGAAGAGGAAAGCGCUGGGGAGAACCGCUUGAUAGAGGAGGAAGAGCCAUUGCCUACUCCGGUGCUUCCCUGGAGGCGUCACCUCUCCCUGGGCGGUCGACACCGGGGUGGCAAGCCUGCUCACCGCCGCUUCCACCGGCUCCAUCACCCCAUGGCCAUGGACUUCGGGGAACUCGACAGCCUGAUGGCCAGCAUCAUGGACGCGCCCACCAUCUGCCCAGACUGUGGGGAGAGCUUUAGCCCGGGCGCCGCAUUCCUGCAGCACCAGCGCAUCCACCGACUGGCGGAGGCGGCGGCUGUGGCCAGCCUGGAGCCCUUCCGUCUGGCUGGCGACUGCGGAGGAGUGGUGGGAAGGAUGGGCGUGGGCGUGGCCGGCGGCUUCGGGGCGGGGCCCACGCUGGCCCGGCCCCCUCGCGAGAAGCCCUUCCGCUGCGGGGAGUGUGGCAAAGGCUUCAGCCGCAACACCUACCUGACCAACCACCUGCGGCUGCACACGGGCGAGCGGCCCAACCUGUGCGCUGACUGCGGCAAGAGCUUCAGCUGGCGCGCCGACCUGCUCAAGCACCGGCGCCUGCACACGGGCGAGAAGCCCUACCCGUGCCCGGAGUGCGGCGAAGCCUUCAGCCUCAGCUCUCACUUGCUCAGCCACCGGCGUGCGCAUGCGGCGGCGGGCUUGGCGGGCCCGGCGGGCUCAGCGGGCUCGGCGGUGGCGCUGCGGCCCUUCGCGUGCGGGGAGUGCGGCAAGGGUUUCGUGCGCCGCUCGCAUCUGGCCAACCACCAGCGCAUCCACACCGGCGAGAAGCCACAUGGCUGCGGCGAGUGCGGCAAGCGCUUCAGCUGGCGCUCGGACCUGGUGAAGCACCAGCGGGUGCACACGGGCGAGAAGCCCUACAUGUGCUCCGAGUGCGGCGAGACCUUCAGCGUGAGCUCGCACCUCUUCACGCACAAGCGCACGCACUCGGGCGAGCGGCCCUACGUGUGCCGCGAGUGUGGCAAGGGCUUCGGCCGCAACUCGCACCUCGUCAACCACUUGCGCGUGCACACCGGCGAGAAGCCCUUCGGCUGCGGCCAGUGCGAGAAGCGCUUCAGCGACUUCUCCACGCUCACGCAGCACCAGCGCACGCACACCGGCGAGAAGCCCUACACCUGCCUCGAGUGCGGCAAGAGCUUCAUCCAGAGCUCCCACCUCAUCCGCCACCGGCGCAUCCACACCGGCAACAAGCCUCACAAGUGCGCGGGCUGCGGCAAGGGCUUCCGCUACAAGACGCACCUUGCGCAGCACCAGAAGUUGCACUUGUGUUAAGGGCCGGGCAUCCGAACGGGGCGGCGGUGGGAGCCUUCUGGCUGCUGAUCUGUAGAUGUUGGGGAAGGGGGAGGAGGGACAGCCUGAAAGUAUCUGGGGGAGACUUUCGGUGUCGUCCCCCCUCAUCCCCAAGGGGACGGUUAACAAGAGUUGUUAUUUCGAGGUGCCUAUCUCCACCAUCGAAGUAACUCUUAGAAGAUGUGCUUGACUUGAUAGCUUACUUAAAUACACAGUGCAAAGAGUGAAGAGCUUGGGUGAGCAGACGUUUGGAGGACCCCGAGGAAGGGCGUUUGGGGCUGUGUAAAGAGGUUUGGGUUGCCGCGCGUUUGUGAGAACUGGGAUAGGUGAUUUGUUUAGAGUUAUAGGGGUACAGCAUAACGCGGGUAGAAAUAAGGCUGCCACACUUCCGGGGUGUCGUAAGCCUGUGUUUGGCCUCUAGUACGACCCUUCUCAUCCCUAUAGAAGAGGUUGCUUAGUGUCCACUUCCCUCUCUAAGAGCCCCAGCUGCUAUUUUGAGACAUCCAGGGGAAAUCGAGUAGAAAAACUGCACAGUUACUUCAAAGGAAAAGCUUUGAGUUUAGAAAGUCACAUAAAUUGGUUCUCAGAUCUCUUAGGAAACCCUGCAUCUGUUUCUUCGCUAAUUCUCGAAACUGCUCAAGCUUCCUGUAGGGUCAGGGGUGCCUAGGGAUGAUCCCAACGGCUAUGUAAGUCAGGACCUGCCUGCCAGGUCUCAGUUCAAAGUGGAGAGUAGGUUUCAGGAGAACAGUAGACUGUCAACAGCUGCCUCAGAAACUGUUACAAAAGCCAACCAGCUAGCUCAGUUUUGCUGGCUUUGUGUAGAAUAGGAAAGCUGAGUGCACAGGAUGGGAUGCCUUCAUUUACAUGUGUGUGCCCUGACCCCAGGAACCCCCAGCUUAUGCACAAAUUAAGGAGAGAUGUGAUCCGAACAGUUUUGUCCCUUCUCCCCUUUUUACUCCCAUAUAUAAGAGGCACGGAUGUACGCAUGGAGGGCACAGUCAGAGAGGUGGAAAUGCAAAGUUGCCCAAUAGCACAAACAGUGAAUGUUUUCCAGUUAUAUGUGAUGCCAAAAUAGCACUUUUGUAUUUAACAGAGUGCUUCAUGCUUUUAAAGGACUGUUAGUGGUUCUCACAUGCCUGUGAGGUAAAGCAGUAUUGCAAACUGUGAUUUGGGGGAAAGUCUGGGGUAGGAGUGUGGUAACAGCCUUUGAGAGAAAGGCUGAGGACCACGCAUGGUGGAGCCUGACCUUUUGAGUUCUCAAGCUCGGUUGCUAGGAUGACUGAUGUGCUCUCAUUUAUAUAAUAAAGCAAGAAGACUGAGCAUCCUUGCACUUGAUAGAAAAAUUAAAGCCUAGAAGGACCAAAGGUGUCCUUAUUGACAAAGCUGGCCUUUGUCUCCUGAUUCCAGUGUUCUCACUAUCUUCUAUUUCUAGUAGAGAGCUGUAGUCGAAUGACUUGUAUAGAUUUUGGUUACCUACUCUGAAAAUCCCUCUCCUAGAUUAGCCUUUAGAGGUCAGUGUUGUGGCAGGCAGUAAAGUUUUCUUCACUAACAUUUAUUACCCUAGAUUAUUCAUGGGAAUCUCCAACUGUUGGACACAGUUGAAAGCGAGGUGGGGAAACUAUACAAUUGUUUUUACAGUUUUAGCCAAGUUUCUGUGAAUGCUAGAGAUUUAUACUUGAUCAUUUGUAUUUUCUUAAUGAGCUUCUCUGGGGACUCUAGGGAAGCAUUUUUCUUUUUUCAUUUUAAGAACACUAAAAAAGAAAUCUGGAGAACAUCCAGACUUUUGUAUAUUACCUGCUGACCUUGUCCACUUAAUCUGUUUACUGUUGUUCAAGCUGAAAAUGGAUACACUAGGACUAGUUUUGAAAACCACUAAUUCUCUUCCAGUUUUCUUUAGAGAAGACUCACACAUGCAGUCUGUGCCCCCUAUUUAUUCUGACUCUUGGUGUCUAGAUGCCCAGUGUAUGACACCCACUUAAAAUAACACAGCCAAUUUGUAGGCAAUCUUUAUUUUCUCUCUCUCCCUCCCUGACACCUUCCCCUUCUCUCUAAGGUUUCUUUACAUAGCCCUGGCUGUCCUGGAACUCACUAUGUAGAGCAGGCUGGCCUUGAACUCACAGAGCUCCACCUGCGUCUGCAUCCGGAAUGCUGGGAUUACAGGCAACCCCAACACAACUAGCUUUUUUUUUUUUCUUUUUUAAAUGCACAUCUACCUCUGCCCUGUUUUAAGUUCUCUCAAGUGUGUGCCAAUGAAAUCUAAUCCACAUUUUGAUUCUUCAUAUAUUUUAUAACCAAUUUAUGUUUUUUUUUUGUUUUGUUUUGGCCUUUUGCCUCCUUACUACACACAGCAUAGCCAUUAUCAAGUGUUUUACGGAACAGCAGCUGUAGAGAGUGGGUUUGGUGGGUUUUGGAUAGCCAAGAUGGUGUGAAGUAAUGGCAGUAGAAACCUGUGGACUUCUCUGUCUUGUUCUCUCUAUUGCCGUGGAUAAGAAAUUCAGCUACUGUGUUAUUCCUUAUCUGAGCCAAACCCCUCAGGAGACGAAACUGUCCAGCCACCAAUGAGUACUCAAAUGGUGUAUUUAAAAUGUGAUUCUAUUCUCUUCUUCAGGGAACAUGACUGCAUUACAUGAAAUUCCGUGUGCCCAGGUGGUUAGUUCUUGUCUUCUGUCUUAGAAGACUAGCAUUUCUUCAGGAUAUUCUUGUGACUGUGGUUCAUGCUUGAAAUGUUAAAGAUUCCUUGAUCCAACUCAUUAUUGAGUUGGAGGCAUUUGUACUAUUUAUUUCCUGGGGAAGUUUGGUCAAAAGCCAGCUUCAUUUGCUGUCUUUAAUAAGCAAAACUUGAAGAAGUUUAUGAGCUUAAAUGAUUUAGUUCUGAGGCAGAAGGAGAAGGUGAGCAGUUAAUCCUUUGAGCCACGUGGUCUCUUUUACAGUCUAGAGACUGUACAUAUAUGUGAAAAUUAAAAAAAAUUAUAUAUAUAUAUAUAUAUAAACCAAUGUUCAUAGACAAUCUGAACUGUGUUUCUGAUGUUUGUGCACACUUUUCAUUUUAGCGAUAUUUUACAUCUGUUUGUUAAAGUAGUAAGUGAUUUAAUGAUCCCAAGAGUACCAGAUUCUGUGAGUGUACUUGUAUAUGUGAGAACUGCCCUGUUUUCAGGUUGUUUUAUUUAAUGGUGGUUCCUUGGACAGCAUCCUGUCAUCUAGCAACCAAUAUGAGCUAUUUGUCAUUAAAUUCCUACCAGUCUUUUAUCAUAUCA